UUAGAGAUAUCACAACAUCACUACCCAUUGCAGAACAAACAACGAAUUCUCGGGAUUAACCAAAACAAAAAAAUCAAAUCAAAAUGAAAUUGUUCAUUGUGUUAGCCUGUACCCUGGCCAUUGUUGCCGCUCGCCCUGAGCCUCCCAAAAGCCGUUACGGACCUCCCCCCGCCCCCCAAAAGGAAUACCUGCCACCCAAACCUGCUGAACAGUAUGGCCCGCCACCUACCCAAUCAUCAGCUCAACCUUUACCCGUCUAUGGUGCUCCAGCUCCUUUCUAUGGACCACCCGUGGCCGAGACCCUGGUAACUAAGAACGUCUAUGUACAUGUGCCACCAGAGGAGCCCGAAUCGUAUCCCGCCCCAGCUCCCAUCCAAACUGCUGUGCCCAAGAAACACUACAAGAUCAUCUUCAUCAAGGCUCCCAACCCACCUGCCCCAGUGCGUCAAGUCCUCCCACCACCCGUGCAGGAUGAACACAAGACUUUGGUCUAUGUCUUGGUUAAGAAACCCGAAGAACAACAGCCCAUCAUAUUGCCCACACCUCAACCCACUGAACCCAGCAAACCUGAGGUAUACUUCAUUAAGUACAAGCAACAAAACAAGCCAGCCGAACAAUACGGACCACCACCAGCUGUACCAGCCGAACAAUACGGACCACCAGCUGAGAAGUUCUAA